AUGUCGACUUCGGACAGUGCUGCUCGUGGGGAUGACGUGAAUGCAACGAAUGCGUUGCACGAGGUGGCCGAGGCCGCAGCAGAGGUCUCUCCUGAGAUGAGCCUGCCAUCCAGCAUCCUGCCGAUGCCCUCGUCGGUCACGUCGUCGUUGUCGAGCUGGUGGAACUUAUCACCGAAGCAGACGGCCGAGGCGGAGUUCUACCUGAUGAGCAAGUCGGGAUUCUUCCAAGGCGCGACGCUGGGUAAUGCGCGUGCAUGCACGACCGACGGCCCCGACGCACUCGCCGAGGCCUACGAGCUGGUCCAGAAGAAGUCGCCGCCUACCGAGCCGUCUGACAAGCAGAACCAGUUCAUGACCGUCGGUGUCGAGCCCGGUGCAGAGGGGCGGGUGGGUUGCAUCCGGCUCGUGGACAUUGGGCCGCCCCCGCCUGGCUCGAGCCGCGCGGGACUGCUCAAUUCGAUGGGCCUGUGCCGUACGAAGCGCCUCGUCAACACGCUCGAGAUCGGCACGCCGGUGCGGGUCGAGGACCAGCCGAAAGACGAGCAAAAAAUUGUGCUCGUGCACGGCUACGCGGCCGGCUCUGCGUUCUUUUUCAAGAACUUCGGCAUGUUUGGCUCGCAGCCGAAUACGCGCUUCUUUGCGCUGGACUGGCUUGGGAUGGGCCGUUCUUCGCGCCCGCCCUAUGCACUGCCACGCACCAACGCGCGGAGUGCCGAGCGCGUCGAGGCCGCAGAGAACUUUUUCCUCACGUCGCUCGAGCAGUGGCGCGAGAAGAUGAAGAUCGAGAAAAUGGUGCUUGUCGGCCACUCGCUCGGCGGCUACCUGUCGAUGGCCUACGCCCUCAAGCACCCCGAGCGCGUCGAGAAGCUGGUGCUCGUAUCGCCGGUCGGCAUCCCCGAAGGGUCCUGGGACAUUCGCGCUGGCGAGGAGCAGGCCAAGCGGGACGCAGAGCAACCCAAGUCGCCGGAGCUUGAGCGGAGUCCCUCGCCUGCGUCUGUCUCGAGCAACACGAGCACGCAUGCACAGCCCCCCCGCCGCUUUGGCAGCCGGAUGCUCGGUGUACUCGGCUGGCUCUGGGACCGCAACGUGAGCAUCUUUGGGAUUAUUCGAUCGACCUCCUUCUUUGGUCCGCUGCUUAUCAGCGGCUACACCCGCAACCGUUUCGGCAACAUUGCUCCGGACGAGCUGCUCUGCAUGCAUGCCUACUGCCACGGUGUCUUUUCCGGGCGCGGCAGCAGCGAGUAUUGCUUGUCCGACAUUCUCGCACCCGGCGCGUACGCGCGCCGUCCCAUGCUCCACCGCGUCAGCCCGCUCAAGAUGCCCGUCUCGUUCCUCUAUGGAGACAAGGACUGGAUGGACGUCAACGGCGGUAUCGACGCCAAGCGCCUCAUCAACAAGGCCGGCAACCCCAACGCACGCGUCUAUAUUGUGCCCAAGGCCGGCCACCAUCUGUACCUCGACAACGCCAAGGAAUUCAACAAGCUUCUCCACAAACUCUUGCAUCGGUAG